AAGUAGUUUGUCCAUGGCGCUUGACCUUAAAGGCAGUAAAGAUAUGCUGGGAAAAUGUGCCCUGUUGUAAGUUAUUAUUGUUAUUAAUGGGAAGCAGAUGUCAUCGUCGUUCUAAUGGAUCCUAAUCUGUUGUAUUGGAAAAGCCAUGGUCAGUCUUUCCUCAGUCGUUUGCAGGCCUGGCUUAAUCUUCUUGAUCCAACUUCCCUGUUUGCUUCUGAUGCUGAAAUACAGAAUGCCCGCACUCUGCUGGGAAGCGGAGAUAAACUAAAUGAAAAGGAUGAACGCGCGCUGGGCCUCUCACUUUCGGCUGUCCACGCUGAUUCUGGUGCUGCUCUUCCAACUAUUUUCCGUCCUCCAGCAUUUCUGCCAGUAUCAGCGCCUCUGGUGCUUGGCAGCCUUUUGCCACAUAGACAUGUCAAACCCACUCUGUUUUUUCAGUUACUGAUGCAGAGUUACAGUGCGGGGUUCAACCAUGCAAACAGAAAUUCUUCAUCAGAGCAGCAGGGUAAGAAGGCGUCUUUGAAGCAGCUUCUGUUGAUCGCAGGAGCAGUUUCCUAUACAACAUGUGCAGGGGCCCUUCCUCAAAUUGUCAUUAACCGACUUCAUAUAAGCAGCACACCAAUCCAGACUUUCUUGAGGUUCAUAUUACCAGUCCCUCUCUCAGCUGCUCUGGCCUUCUUCAAUGUGUUUGUUGUCAGAAGUGAGGAGUCAGAAACUGGGAUACGAGUGUUUGACUCCAAUGGAAAUCCUGUCGGCCUGUCAAAAGCAGCAGGAGAAAAGGCUGUGAGGGAGACUGCAUUGUCAAGAGCGGCACUUUUUGGCACAACCACUGCUGUUCCUAAUCUCCUGCUUUUUCUCUCACAGAGAAGAAGACUUCUCCAGGGGCACUCUCUGCUGCUCUCUCCACUGUGGCACAUGAGUGCUGCGUUUGUUCUGAUCGUGAUGAUCCCCGUCUCAUUCAGUCUCUUUCCACAGCUGGGAACGAUAAAGAAGGAAAACAUAGAGGAGGAGCUGCAGGCUGCAGCAGAAAGCGGGCAGUUAUACUACCAUCGAGGACUCUGAGGAGCUGUUUUACAUAGCAGAUAGAAAACCAACCAAAAAACUUGUUGCCAUCACUGAAUAGUGUCAUGCUAAAUGUCAUGCAGCUGAAAAUGUAAGAUGUAUGUAAGACCCAGCGAUGAAACGCAGCUUUAUCCUUUCUGUCUUUAUGUAAAAUAUUUUGUUUACGACAUUAAAACAAACAAAAAGCCA